AUGAUUGCGACGCCAGCCAAGUUCCCAGAACCAAAGGGCAAGGCAAAGGCAAAAGCUCAAAACAAAAAGCCUGAGGAGAAACCGGAGGAACCAGAAGAAACCAAGAAGUCCAAGAAAAAGAAGAGAGAAGAUGAAGAAACCAAGGACGUAGAAGAAGCCAAGAAGCAGAAGAAGAAGACAAAGAAGGUGGAAAAUGAGGAAUUGGAGGAACCAGAGAAAUCCCAGAAGAAGAAGACGAAGAAGAAAGACAAUGAGGAAUUGGAGGAACCAGAGAAACCCCAGAAGAGGAAGACGAAGAAGGCUGAGGAUGAUGAAGCAGAAGACACCAAGAAGUCCCAGAAGAAAAAAAAGACAAAGGGGGCAGAUGAGGAAUUGGAGGAACCAGAAGCCAAGAAACACCAGAAGAAGACGAAGAAGGCAGAGGAAGAGGAAGAAGCCAAUACCCGGAAGAAAAAGAAGACAAAGGGGGCAGCAGAUGAGGAAUUGGAGACGAAGACAAAGAAGGCAAAAGAUGUGGAACCAGCCAAGAAGCCCAAGAAGAACAAAACGGCAGAGAAGAAUAAGAAAAAAGAGGAAGCAGAGGAGGAAGCACAGGAGGAAGCAGAGGAGGAAGCAGAGGAGGAAGCACAGGAGGAAGUGGAGGAGGAAGCAGAGAAAGAAGCACAGGAGGAAGUGCAGGAGGAAGCACAGGAGGAAGCAGAGGAGAAGCACACAGAGGCAAAGGAUGAACACAUGAAAGACGAGCUGAAACAGGAGUCUUCUUCAGAGGUGAUGACCUCACCUGCUGGAGUGCCGCCUGUGCGAUCACCUCCUUCGGAUGUCUUCACACUUCUUGAAGGGCAAGCUCAAAUGAUGGCCCAGGCAGCAGCUACAGUCUUUACAAACUUGUCACAGGAGGCCUCGCAAACAGAGUCUCAACUUUUUGCAGGGUUGGGUGGAUCUGCGAGCGAAGUGGCUACUCAGAAGCUUCAGGAGGAGAUGGUUCGCGCGAUCACGGCUGCGUUGACCAACGUCUUGCCAGUGAACCAGGCAGUAGAUAUUUCAAAGUCAAAGGCACCGCAGUUCACCAGUAUGCUGGCUUUGCCGGCUCCAUUUGCUGACACUCAGAUCGACCCUGAAUCCAAUGAGAAGGAACAGCCGGAAAAGGAGCAGGAGCAGAAGCCAGAUGAAGUCCUGCCAGCUGAAGCUCCUGAACCCGCUCCUUCUGCUCCUUCCCAGGUUUCAGCUUUGUCUCCGAGUGGAUUGGCUGCGGCAGAAACCAAUGCGGCUUCCAAAGAACUUCAAGAUGCAUGUAAGCCACUUCCAGAAGAAUCAGAGUUGUUUGAUCGAGAAACAGAACCUGGAGAAGUAGCAUACACCAACAAGGCGCAGAUCAAGGGUAUGAAAGAAGAUGAGAUCCUGGAAUUGCUGAAGGCUGGCAAGAUUCCGUAUGAGUGGAUCAACACCAGCAACUGUCGGAAGGCAGCCAUGAAAAUGAACCGUUGGUGUGAAGAUCAUGGGGACGCGGAAACCGUACCGAAUGUCAUGAAGAUGUUCAACGGCUCUCACACAGAAAGGCUGAAGCUCCUUCGGAAUUGGAUUGCUUCGGGUGGUGUUGCAGAGAAGGUGGAAACUACGCUUACUGUCACCAAGGAGCAGAUGCAGCAGGGCAAGGAGAAAGAGAAGCUGCUCACUAUCCAGGGCAUGAAAGACCAUGGGUUCUCAGAGGCGAAGAUCAAGCACAUCUGUCAGACCUUCACUCCGGUCCUCGACCCUGACUGCCCGCAUCUUUUGGAAGAGACCAAAUGGUGGUGCAAUGUCGAGCAGGAAAGGACAAGGACUUCCACCAACAAGCAAUGUUUGUCUGGUGAAGUUCGCGUGAAGACCGAUGGAGGUGUGAUCAAUGCCCUUACCAACGAGCCGGCUUCGAAUGGCCAAGCCCCUCCCAGCGCUUUCAAUGUCCGGGGCCUUUUGGAUGAUUCUUUCAAACCGAAAGCCGUGCGUGCAGAGCCUCAAGAGGAGGAUCCUAAGCCAAAGACGAAGCCAAGGAAGCCUCAAAGGACAAAGAAGGGCACCAGCACCAAGGUUUGUGAACCCAAGAAGCGGUCAGAGAUGCUGAAGGAUGCUU